AUGAGCAAGUACGAUUAUAUUCAGAAUUUUCCCGAUUUGCGUCUUCGGAAGUGUGAGGUUAAGUUGAAAGUGAUUUCGGGGAGUUUACUUAAGAUCGCAGGAUCGAUCCAAGUGGAGGUUAGGUGCGAUGAUGAUCGAUUAUUCGUUUUACCGUUGAUCAUAGUUGAUAGUGAUAGAUUUUGUCCACUCAUGGGUCGGGAUUGGUUGGACGUAUUGUAUCCUGAUUGGCGAGGUUAUUUCGUUCACGAAUUGUGUGAAAGUACAGGUAUGAAUGUGUCGGUGAGUGACCAGAUGUGUGAUCGAGAAAGAAAUAAGAUACUUUUUGCGUUAAAUACCAAGUACCGUGAGUUAUUCGCAGAAAAUCUGCAGCAUCCAAUGGAAGGUUUUGAAGCUAAUAUUGUUGUGAGAGACCAUGCGUCUCCAGUGUUUUACAAGCCGUAUGAUGUGCCGUUUUCACUCAGAGAGAAGGUCUCAGAGGAGUUAGGUAGGUUGGUGAGAGAAGAUGUUCUUAGAUCUGUUCAACACAGCGAUUGGGCAUCACCAAUCGUAGUGGUUCCUAAGGCAGACGGUAGCGUGAGAAUCUGUAUGGAUUGUAAGGUGACAGUGAACAAAGUCAUUUGCAAUGAGCAUUAUCCGUUACCGAAUAUUAACGAUGUGUUCGCCAAUAUGAGUGGAUAUAAGUAUUUCGCUAAGUUGGAUCUACAGGGUGCGUAUAUUCAGAUUAAGGUUACAGAAAAGUCGCAAAAAUUUUUAGUUGUGAACACUCACAAAGGUCUGUAUGCGUUUACUAGAUUACCUUUUGGAAUCUCGAGUGCAGCAUCCACUUUCCAAAGGAUUAUGGAUGGAAUCUUAACCGGAAUAGAGGGAGUUCAGAGUUAUCUGGACGAUAUUAUGAUAGGGAGCGAUACUAUUGAGGGUUUGAUUGCUACAACAUACGAAGUACUUGAUCAAUUGAAAAAGCACAAAGUCAAGGUCAACUUGAGCAAGAGUGAAUUUCUAGUGAGAGAAAUUCAGUAUCUAGGACACAAGGUGUCAGAGAGGGGUCUCAGUCCGUCGGAUGAGAAAGUUAAAGCGAUCAAGGAAGCUCCACGUCCAAGGGAUGUCUCCCAGUUGAAAUCGUUCUUAGGAAUGAUUAAUUAUUAUUCGAAGUUUGUUCCGAAUCUGUCGAUGAAGCUCAGUCCACUUUAUGCGCUGCUGAAGAAAAACGUUCGUUUUGAAUGGAAUGACCAAUGUGAGAAAGUUUUCAGUGAGUGUAAGAAGCUUUUGCUUAGCCACAAGCUGUUGGCGUUGUAUAAUCCCGAGCUACCCAUCGUGAUCAUCUGUGAUGCGAGUUCUAAUGGGGUUGGAGCAGUGUUGUGCCACAAAUUAGGAGGGAUAGAGAAGCCUGUAUUUUAUGUGUCAAGUACUCUUUCAGUGUCGGAAAAAAAUUAUCCGAAUCUUCAUCGAGAGGCACUCGCGGUAGUAUUUGGUUUAACGAAGUUUUUCAAAUACAUUUACGAGAAAAGUUUUACAGUUGUAACAGAUAAUAAGCCAUCGGCGAGUAUUUUCGAUUUCAAGAAAGGUAUUCCAUCGUUAACCGUCACUAGAUUGCAAAAAUAUGUCCACAUGUCGAUUUUCGAUUUCGACGUGCUGAAUUCAAUAUUCAGAAUUUUCGGAAUUUGUGGUACCAUAGUCAGUGAUAAUGGACUUCCAUUUACUAGUAAUGCCUUCUCGGAGUACGCUAAAUCAAUGAGGAUAGAGUUAAUGAAAAGUCCAGCUUAUUCACCUGAAAGCAAUGGACUUGCUGAGAGAGCGGUGCAGACAGCAAAAAAGGGGAUUAAGAAGCUUCUUGUCGAUCCGAAAUUUAAUCACAAAAAGUUAGCGGAAAUUGUUGAAAUAUUUCUAUUUAGCUACCGUAACAGUUACAGUCAGGCCAUAGAUUGUACGCCUGCUAGUAAGGUCUUUUCGUUCAUUCCAAAAACGGAUCUCGAGUCAAAUUUGAAACCGAAUGUUGAAACAAUAAAGAAGAAAGUUAGUUUUAAGGAAGAUGUUAAUAGAAAGAAAAAUCAUGCAAAAAUUGAAUCAAAAUUUAAAGUAGGUGAUCUGGUGUGGUAUAAAAUUGAGAUUAGAAGUACCAGAUCAUGGCUCGAAACAAAGAUUGUUGGAGUCAAUAGUACUAACACGUUUUAA